CAGUGAUAAUAAUUAUGUGAUAUUCGGUUCCUUAAAUAAAUUUUUAGUAGGUAAUAGUAUCAACAGUCAUGCCGAAAGCCAGCUCAUCUAGAAGUUCUAAAAAUGAUAUGAAAUCAAAAUCAGAUCAAAAUGUCAAAGUGUGUAAACCCGGUUGCCCAGCGGAAACCACUUGUCCGAAAGUGUCGUCACGUAUUCGUCGAAAUAUGGAGCGUGUAGAGAUGUUGGCUCGGCCCAACGCCCGCAGAUUACGCUCCUUGUGGGAUGAAAAAUGCAGCAUCCUCUCCCCGGCUCGACGGGACAAAAUAAAGAGCGCUCUCGAAGAGGAUUACUUCUUGAGUCCUGAGCAAACGGAGCAGUAUUUCCAAGCUCUGGGCCCGCAAAGACCAUGGACGGGCCCUGGAGGUAUGGUGGACCGCAAGGAGUUCAUCGACAAGUCCAAGGAGCUGCGUCAGAGACAGAAGUGGCUGGUUAAUUUUAGUGCACAGGUGGCGUAUUGUCUUUGUGACUACAUAGCGAAGGGGCAGAAAGAGAUGCUGGUCUCCAACAGACUCCGGAGCAUCGCCGAUGUCGUUCUGGAGAGGGUUGCUGAGAUAUUGGGCGAACCCAAGCCCUCGAGAACUCACCCCGGCCGCCUCGCCCGCUUCAUGGUCGCCAUAUCCGAUCGGAUCGCAGUUUGGAUCGAGAAUGCCGUGUACCGAGCGGAUGCCCUGGAGCCGGACGAUGACUUCCGCGACGAUCAUAUCAGAUUAGACGCCGAGAAACCACUGACUUGUUAACAGGUAAUCUUCCUUCUCUCCUGCGUGGCUCUGGCCAGCGCUGCUCCUCAACCACAACUGCUGUGGCCCGGACUCCUCGCCCCUGGAGUUGUUGCCCCUGGCGUGAUCUC